CCUAGAUUCCCAAAUCAAAUUUUCACUUUUGCUUUCUUCAACCUGUCGACAACACUCCCGAAUUUUUCUCUGGCAGUGUGUUUAAAAACCAAUGGCGCUAGUUGUGAUUUGUGGGCAACCUUGUAGUGGUAAGUCAAUAGCUGCAGUAACUUUAGCUGAAACAUUGAAAGAGUCUGAAACGAAACAGAGUGUUAGGAUCAUCGAUGAGGCUUCGUUUCAUCUAGACCGCAACCAAAACUAUGCUAACAUGCCUGCUGAGAAGAAUCUGAGAGGAAAGCUUAGGUCAGAUGUUGAUAGAUCAGUUUCGACAGGCGAGAUUGUUAUUGUAGAUUCCUUGAAUAGUAUCAAAGGUUACAGAUAUGAGCUAUGGUGUAUCGCUCGUGCUGCUGGGAUUAGGUAUUGUGUUGUUUAUUGUGAUGUAGAUGAAGCUCAUUGUAGGCAAUGGAAUAAGGAACGGAGUGAUAGAGGUGAAGAUGGAUAUGACGAUGGUAUAUUCGAAGAUCUGGUUAGAAGAUUUGAGAAACCUGAGAGAAGAAACCGAUGGGAUUCACCUCUCUUUGAGCUAUACCCUUCUCGUGAAGUUAUAGACAAAUCCUCUCCUGUGAUUUUAGAGGCUGUGACUUAUCUAACCAAGACUGUUGACUCCAAAACCCAAGAUGUGAGAAUUCUCCAACCAAGUAUUGCCACUCAGGCUGCUAGAUUUUCAGAAGCAAAUUCUCUUUACGAGUUGGACAGAGCGACACAAGAAAUCAUCAACGCGAUUGUGGAACAACAAUCACUGGGCGCGGCUAUAAGCAGAGUUACUCUUGGCAAUGAACUACCUCCGAUUGAAAUCUGCAGACCGAUUGGGCUACCGGAGCUAAGGAGGCUUCGAAGAACGUUUGUUAAAUUGAUGGGUCAAUCGAGUCUAAGCGGUCCACCGUUACCAACUGAUGCAGACAGUGCAAAGAGACGUUUUGUGGAUUACUUGAACAGAGAGUUUGGAGGUAAUAACGCUUGAAAUUUGUUGGGUGAAAAACAUCUUAUUUCUUAAAGGUUUGGUUAUGUAUUUUCUUAACUCAAGACUUGUUCUUCUUCAUCGAAAUUCUUUUUUGGGGCUAAAUUGAUGUGUUAUAAUAGGCCCGUUAUAAUAAUGCAAACAUAUUUUGGGGCUAUAGUAUAUUUUCUUGUUCUUCUUUUUUGGUUGUCGUAUUUUCUUGUUUUUCUAACAUUGAAAUUUCAAAAGACAACGACACGUUUGACAUUUUUGGA